UGAUAAAAAUAUUUAAAUGGAAUUUGAUUUGAUAUGAUAUAACGUUAUCCAUUGUAGCCGGAGUGGCUUUGCCUUGGUCUCUCUCAGACUCAUACUUUCACUCGCUUCCUCCUCUUGCUUGCCUCCCUUCACUUAUAGAAUUGAGUAGAGAAGAAGAAUGUCGAUGUCUACAUCAGCUAAUUCAGUUUCAUUCUUUGGAAUUGGGAUUGGGAUUGGGAUUGGGUCCAUUCCAAGGUUACCAUCCAUAACAAAACCUCACUCACUUGUUGUGGUAUCCAAGGCCAAAACCAGACAAGAAGACAGAAUUGCCCGUCAUGCUCGUAUUAGAAAGAAGGUUGAAGGAACUACAGAAAGGCCAAGGUUAUGUGUGUUCCGCUCAAACAAGCAUCUGUAUGUCCAAGUAAUUGAUGACACCAAAAUGCACACCCUUGCUUCAGCUUCCACAGUGCAGAAACCUAUCUCUGAGGAGUUUGACUACUCUUCUGGUCCUACUAUUGAAGUAGCAAGAAAGGUUGGUGAAGUCAUAGCCAAGAAUUGUUUGGAGAAAGGGAUCACAAAGGUGGCCUUUGAUCGAGGUGGAUAUCCAUACCAUGGGCGAGUAGAAGCCAUCGCUAGUGCAGCUCGGGAAAAUGGACUUGAUUUUUAAGGUUCUCUGUUUUGGGUAGGUUUUGCCUUUUGUACAAUUUGUUUCUGUCUCUUGUAAAACCAUGUGAUAGAAGGGCAUUAAUUGUAAUCUUUUUUUCUUUCUUUUCAAUGAGCUGCAAGAACAUUCGGUUAUUUUUUUUGAACUAUCUGAUCUUGGUUAUUUUCUCCGUCCUGGAGUGUGGUCUUGAUGAAUUCAUGAUGUUCUUCCA